AUGUACGUUGAGCCCCCUGAAAACAUCAUCAGCCUUCAUGAAUUUCAGAAACUUGCUUUGGAUAGACUUUAAGUGCUCAAGAAAAUUGAAUUUAUGAAUGAUGCAAAUUAAGAUCAUUAAGUAAUCAAGGAAACAGUCAUAAAAAUGACAAAGGCUCAUAGAAUCGCAGUUAUAGCUGAUAGAAAUGUGCUGAGCUCAUUCAGUAUGACAACUGAGGAAAGAAAAGAAUUUAGAGUCAAUGAUAAUAUAUCACACUUCAUUUGCAGACUAGCUUACUGCAGAAAUGAAGAACUUAGAAAGUGGUUUUUAACUCAAGAGGCAAGACUUUUUAACAUUAGACUCCAAGAUGCUUAACACGAAAUCAUACAAGGCCUUUUGAAAGACUAAUGCGGCAUAAGUUAUCAAGUUUGCUAGGAAUCAGAUGAAGAUUGGUAAAUAUUUAGGCAUUAGAUCACUUUUAAGCAAUUAAAGCUCUCAGACUAGAUUCCUAGCAAUUUCGUUAAGGUACCUUUCAAAGAGGCUAUUUCUCUAGUUAGCAGAAGAGCCGUUUUCUUACAUCUAGGUGUAGCAUACGUUCCAGUGAAAGAAUUGACUACGAUUUUAUCAGCUCACUUUAGAGCUAAGGUUUCAGCUGAGCUUGUUAAAGCAUACAAAUUUUGGCCUGAGAUAAUAAAGGACGAGAGAAUUUAAAGAAUGCUUAUCAAUUUAUCAAAUCAUAGUGCUAUUGAUUUCAAUAUCUAUGAAUAGAAAGCCCCAACUGAUGGUGAUAAAAUCAAGUUAAGUGAUCUUGACUAUUAUUCAAGAAAGUCUUUCCCACCUUGUAUGAAGUCCUUGUUUACAGUUUUAAGAAAUAAGCAUCACUUGAAGCAUUAUGGCAGACUUUAACUUGGUUUAUUUAUUAAGGGUCUUGGUCUUACCAUGGAGGAAGCUUAUACAUUCUGGAAGUAAGAAUUCUGCAAGAAUAUGGAUAAUGAUAAGUUUGAAAAGUAAUAUGGCUAUAACAUUCGUCAUAAUUUUGGUAAAGAGGGUAAAAAGUAAGAUUACAAACCUUGGAACUGCCAAAAAAUAUUGUAGCAAACUACUCCAGGACCAGAUGAAUAUCAUGGAUGUCCAUUUAAGACAUUUUCAGAGGAGCCAUUAAGAUAGAUGCUAAGUUCAUAUGGUCUUAAGCCUGAUGAUAUGAAGGUUGUCAUUGAUAAGAGAAGAGAAAAUUUGCACUAAGUUGCAUGCUUGAGAUUAUACGAAUUGUCUCAUCCUAAUGGAGUUUCAGAUAAUGUUGGUAAUCAUCCUAAUGCUUUCUUUAAUAGCAGCGUUCAGUACAUUAAAGAUGUUGAAAAGAACAAAUUUAAGAGAGGAAUUACUGCUCCUUCAACUGAAGUUGUUGUUGGUACAGCACCUGUAGAAACAGUGAUUGAAAAGCCAAAGGAUGUUGAAAUGGAUUAAAUUUGA